AUGUCGCGGCGACUGCGCCUUCCAUUGCAGCCAUGGCUCGCACGCACCCAGUCGACCACCACUAGGGCCUCGCUCCCCUCGCCGCUGCAGCGCGAGCUGUUCCGCCGCGUCGCGCAGCCGGUCGCCGUCAUCACCGCCCACAUCCCCUCGUCCACCGCGACGAGCCCGGCACCGAGCGCGGGCACAGCGAGCGAAGAGCCUCUGCACAACCACGGCGCGACGCUGUCGUCGCUCGCGAGCAUCUCGCUGUCGCCGCCGCUCGUCUCGUUCUCGCUCCGCCUCCCCUCUCGCCUCGCCGCCUUCCUCUCGACCCCGACAACCUCGGCACGGGGCGACGCACAUCCAGUCGAGCCCACCUUUCGCGUCCACCUCCUGUCGACUCGCCAAGAGCCGCUCGCGCGAGCGUUCGCGCGGCAGGCCCCGCUCCCCGCCAAGGCGCAACCCUCUCCCCCUCCCUCGUCCUCUCCACCCACCUCUCCUGACCCAGGCGCACCACUAUCGCCAUCAGCACCACCCCCCAUGGCCCAGUUCGACCCGGCGCUGUUCGCCGAGCUCGAGCGCACCGGGCUCGGCUCGCUCGACUGCCGAGUCGUGCAGCGCCUGCCGCUCUCGCCUCUCGGCGCAGGCCCGGCAGGUGUCGGCGUCGAGGAGCAGGCGAGUGUCGGUGUCGAGGACGAUCAGCCGCGGUCGGAGCUCUUCAUCGCGCGAGUCGAGAGCGUCAAGCUCGGCGAGGCGGAGGUGGACGAGGGCGAGACGGCGUUGCUCUACUGGGACCAGCAGUAUGCGGGAGCGAGGGCGCUCGAGGCGCAGGCGGUAUAAGGGAGGAUAGAGAACGGCGUGGCCGAGACGAUGGGCGGCACGCAGAGCCUUGGGACCGUCGCUCUCUCGCAUGUUCCGCAUCGUGUCGCAAGUGACGUAUCCUUGCAUUCCCAUCGAGAGCCGCCUCGACCGUCCUUCUC